AUGUCUUAUUCGAGAUUUCUGGAGUAUCUGGAUAAGGAUCAGGUGACAAAAGUAGACUUGUUUGAAAAUGGAACCAUAGCAAUAGUUGAGGCUAUCUCUCCAGUGUUGGGUAACCGAGUGCAGAGAGUUCGUGUACAACUCCCAGGACUCAGCCAGGAGCUCCUUCAGAAGUUCAGAGAAAAGAAUAUUGACUUUGCUGCCCACAAUGCUCAAGAGGACUCUGGUUCUCUUCUAUUCAACUUGAUUGGAAACUUGGCCUUCCCUCUUAUCUUGAUUGGGGGUCUUUUCCUUCUAUCAAGACUGUCCUCUGGAGGAAUGGGUGGUCCUGGUGGGCCAGGUUUUCCACUUGCCUUUGGUCAAUCAAAGGCUAAGUUCCAGAUGGAACCAAACACUGGUGUAACAUUUGAUGACGUAGCUGGAGUAGAUGAAGCAAAGCAAGAUUUUAUGGAGGCUGUAGUGUUCCUGAAGAAGCCUGAGAGGUUUACUGCUGUGGGUGCACGUAUCCCUAAGGGAGUUCUGCUUGCUGGUCCUCCAGGUACUGGAAAGACGUUGCUAGCCAAGGCAAUUGCUGGGGACGCUGGUGUUCCAUUUUUCUCAAUAUCAGGUUCGGAGUUUGUUGAGAUAGGAACGGGAAUUGGUGGUGGAAAUGAUGAAAGGGAACAGACUCUGAACCAGUUUUUGAUGGAAAUGGAUGGUUUUGAAGGGAACACUGGUAUUAUUGUUAUUGCAGCAACUAACCGUGCUGAUAUUCUUGAGUCUGCAUUGUUGAGACCUGCAAGAUUUGAUAGACAGAACAGAGAUCUUAAAGGUCCAUCUGGUAAUAAGAAGUUUGAUUCUGAUGUAUCUCUUGAAGUGAUAGCCAUGAGGACACCUGGUUUUAGUGGAGCAGAUCUUGCUAAUCUCUUAAAUGAGGCUGCUAUUCUGGCUGGUCGACGUGGAAAGUCCGCAAUCUCAUCUAAAGAAAUUAAUGAUUCAAUUGAUAGGAUAGUAGCCGGAAUGGAAGGGACAGUUAUGACAGAUGGCAAAAGCAAAAGUCUCAUAGCAUACCAUGAAGUAGGCCAUGCCAUCGGCAGAUGUAAUAUUUCAAUCUGGAAUCAAUCUUAUGCUGUGGUUUUUGUCCUGUUGUUUGUGAGCUGUGACCUUUAA